AAAGUUACACUUCUCUUGAAAUGAAAGCGAAAGCGCGCAGUAAGCUCUCUGGAGUACCCCUGCAGAGUUGUGAACGAUGGCGGCUAGAUAUUACGACUCGGAUGACAAUUCAGUCCCAGAUGACUCUGGAUAUUGGACAAACUCUGCAGGCUGUGAUAAUGAGGAAGAGCUCAAUGACACAGAAAAUAGCGACUUGUCAGAGAGUGAUGGUGAUGACACUGCCAGUUCUGAAUCAGAUGAUGAGAACAAAGUGCAACAGCCAUGCAAAUUCUACAAUAAUGGGGACUGCAGAGAAGGAAAGAAGUGCAAAUUCCUUCAUGUUUGUAAAUACGACUUCAAAGGGAGAUGCAAAAGAGGCUCAAUGUGUGUCCUGAAACAUAGAAGACCAAGUGGACAAAGUUCGGAUUCUAGUGAGGAUGAAAGCAGAGGAAGUCGUUCCUCUAGUGAGCCACGAAGAACAAAGGACAAGCCGUAUCAGUGGCAAAUAAACAGUGGAGAUGGUUGGAAAAAUAUUGAAAAUGACUUUGUCAUUGAAGCUCAGUAUUCACUGCCAAAUUCCAAGGGAAUUAAACUAUAUAAUACACCAUAUGGAGUUGUUAAUAUAGAUUUCAACAAAAUGCGGGUCAAUAAAAGAAAUUUAAGAAUACGUCGAAAGACCUUUGAAGACUGCACACUAAAACCAAUGUGGGUAUGGUACUGUCGAUCUAAUCGUCGCUGGAUUCUGUUCGAAGAGAAGAAUUCCAAGAGUACCAGUAACUCCUCAGCCCCAUGUAGCGAUGACAUUGAAAAUCAUUAUCAACAACGAAGUAGAGGACGACUUCUUUUCACAAUUGGACAAAACCAAUAUGAAUUAAACUUCCGAGAAAUGAAACAAAUUAACCUGACAUCUGGACAUAAAAGAAAAAUUGUUCGUCGGCCAAAGUUUAUAGCUUGUAAAAACAAAUCUGGGAAAGACAGCAAACCUAGGCCUUCCUCAGCACGCCAGCAAUUUACUGUUCCAUCUGGAGGUUCAACACCACUCUGGCAGUUUCAAGGAGACAGUGGAAAGUGGUACGACUUCAAGCACAGGGCUGGUACAGAAACAGAAUCUUCCAUCUCCAGCAAAGAUAUAGAGGCUAAAUAUCAAAUGCAUCCUUCAGGCUCAAUGACUUUCAGGGUUGGCAGACAACAAUACUCCCUGAGCUUUUCAGGAAUGACUCAAACCAAUCAAUCUACUAGAAAGGUCCGGCAGAUACGACGGGUCUAAACUUGGCCUGUCAAUAUUCAGCCAAUUCAUUGUUUCACCAGAAACUGUAAAAGACAAUUGUGCACAGAACAAGGCUUGAGCACCAGAAUGAAAACAAUAGCAAUGGCUGAAAAAUACAACCUAGCAUACUUGAAUGUCUAUCCUUUUAAAAAUGUAUUCAGUAAACAACUGCCUUAAACAUAACAAUGCACAUUCAGGUCAUGGAUCUGACAAGUAUACCUCUAAAUAGCACUGCCUUUCUAUAGGUACUGCCAUCCAUCUAUGCACAUUUUUUUCUGGGCAAAUUCACAGAUAGACAUAAAUAAUACUUAAUAAUAAGAGAAAUGAACAUAUUACUGCCAAGAGCAACACGAUGGUGCAACUGCCUCACAGUUUCAAACUCCUGGGUCCAAAUUGCAAUCUGGACAGUGCCUGUAUAGAAUUUUUAUAAACUCCUUUUAUCAUUAUUGGCUUUUCUUCAAUAUGAUUGAGGGUUAUUUUUAAUCUCAUUUUAAGACUUUGUUGUUUGAUUGUAAUUUUAUGAUACAAGUCCUUUUCUUCACUUAUAACACAAGAUAUUCAGACAUAAUCUGCCAAGCUUUACCUGGUAUACAGUGGGUUUUUAUAUUUAAUAGCUUUAUAAUAUACACUGUAAAUUUAAAAAAAUCAAUAUCAGUGCUGUAAAUGUAUCUUGUGAGUGGGCAUACCUUUUUAUUAUUUUAUUUUUUAAUUUAUUUAUUCCUCAGAAUUUUUUAAAUUACGUUACAUAAGUGUUUUAUUCAGAAAUCCAACAUUACCUCAGAAGGAAUACGAAGCAGUCUGCCAAGGAGGAAUGUUUUUACUUAACAGUGACCACGACAAGAAUAGGGCAUCUGAUCACAAUGGAUUAAAAGAAAAAAGUUGCUGAUUAAUAGUUUUACUGAGUGAAUUUUACACUCCUUCAAAAGUAACUCUGUGUAGUCUCAUCAAUUCUGAUUACCCGUCUUCUUGCUGGUUGUCUUUACUGUCUGUAUCUGUUGCUUUUUACAUAGACUUCAUCAUAUCAUUUUGUACUCCUUUAUGAAUUUCUUUGUGAUGGUUUUCACUAUGUAAGACAAUAUAUAAAAAAGCUGAUUU